CUCUUCAAAAAUUCUCCAAUUUGAUUCUUCCCAACAUUUUCACUAUCGUUCCGUUUUUGCCCUUGCUCUGGUUCCUAAUUUACCUUUCGUGCCACUCUGGUUAUGAUCUUUUCUGGUCAGCCGAUAUCCGAGAGCCGCCGCCCCCGCCGCCGCUGCUCCUCCCCCCCUCUCGGCUUCUUCCGACAUCGGCGACUGCGUUAAGCUGUUUGAUCUUUGAUCGUAGGAUUGUUGUCUCCGUGUGAUAAUAUGCCGGUCAACUCGAAGAAUGGUAGCCGGAGAGGUGCAGCGGAGUCGGAGAAGAGCCGCCGUGGUAAGUUGCCGGAAAAAUCGAUGUCGUUCCACGGUAGGUCCACGAUCUCUUCGCCGUCUACGGCGGAGCUCCGGCGACCGAAAACACUGCUGGAGUUGCUGUCUAAGGGGAAAAUCGUCGGUACUCUGGCCCCGCCGUUGUCAUCGUCGGCGACUCCGCGACUGACGAAGCUGCUGCUUAACGUCACGGUCCAAGGGAGUGCAGGCGCCGUACAGAUAAUCAUGUUGCCGGACGCCACCGUGGGCGAUCUGAUCUCCGCCUCCGUCCGUCAGUACGUCAAGGAAGGUCGCCGGCCGUUCCUUCCGGCGUCGGAGCCAUCGCGUUUCGAUCUCCAUUACUCGCAGUUCAGCCUUGAGAGUAUCGGGAGAGACGAGAAGCUGAUAUCGUUGGGAUCGAGGAAUUUUUUUCUCUGUUCUGGAAAAUCAAUGGCAGCGGACGGCGGCGCGACGCCGACGUGCUCGAAAGAGGCGGAGAAGGUGACGAAGACGGGGUUUCAGUGGCUCAAGUUCAUGGGCUCCUAGGGUUCUUCAGUCGGGCCCUUAAAUCUUUUUCUUCACUAUAUAUUUUUACAAAGGAUGGAAAAAAAAAGAAAAUUGUGAAAUGUAAAAUUGAGGCUGUAGAAAAUCCUUCAUCAGGUUAGCUUUACUGAAUUUAUAGAAUUUUAGGAAUGAAUAUAUAUGGUCUGCAUAUAUGUAAUAGUAAUCUGUACAUGUUUCUAUGGAAAUAGAUUAUUUUCUCUA